UGGGGUUUUAGGCUUUCUAUUGCUCUGUUCUGUCUUCUGGUUUUUCAGUUCGUCGAUUCUGAGAUCCUGUCGUUGGUCCUUUUUUUGUGUGGUGAACAUAAAUCGAGGGUAUUUCGGAAAUGGCGUUCGCUAAAGCUAUAAGACGGCCUGUUGGGAUUUUCGUUUACAGUGCUACUGGUAGAUUUGGUUCUGGAAAUGAGUAUUCUACUGUGGCAACCAAAGUGGAAGCUUUGUCUCAGUACAAGAGCUCGGGUUUGUCCGGAUAUGCGGACCCUUUUCGGGGUUUCGGGAGAUUUUCACAGAGAUUUAGUUCAGCGGCUCCUGCUGCAUCGGAGCAAAUGAACCUCAUCAAGCAACUGAGGGAAAGAACAAGUGCUCCGAUCAAGGAUGUCAAGGCUUCUCUUGUGGAGUGCAAUUGGGACAUUGAGGCUGCUCAGAAGGAUUUGAGGAAGAGAGGGAAAGUAUUGGCUUCGAAAAAGUCAUCGAGAACCGCUGCUGAGGGAUUGCUUGCGCUUGCUCAAGACGGGGAGAAAGCUGCGGUUAUCGAACUCAAUUGUGAGACAGACUUUGUUGCUAGAAACGAGAUUUUCCAGUACUUGGCUUUAGCUCUGGCAAAGCACGCUUUGCUGGUUGAAAAUGGUUCUCAGCAAGUCGCUGGUGUCUUUCCUUUUGGACCCGAGCUUUUUGAGACUUUCAAGCUGAAUCUUGAUCAUCCUAAAGUGAACGGUGAAACAACCGUUUCAAAUGCAGUCACUGAGGUAGCUGCAAUAAUGGGGGAAAAUGUAAAAUUUAGGAGAGGUUUCUUGUUGUCAAAAACUUCACCUGGUGUUCUCUCUACUUAUCUUCAUACAAGCCCCCAACCCGGGCUGGGUCGUAUAGCGGGCAUCGUUGCUUUAGAAGUUGGGGAUGAGAAUGCUCAAAUAGAUGCUGUCCAGCGUGUAGGCUCAGAACUGGCUAUGCAUGUUGUAGCAGCAAAACCCCUGUUUCUAACUAAGGACCACGUUUCAUCAGAAGCACUGGCAAAUGAACGUGAGGUUCUCAAGUCUCAGGCUGAAAGUACAGCCAAGUCUCAGAUGGCUGUAGAGAAGAUGGUGGAAGGGCGCAUGCGUAAAUACUUUGAAGAAGUUGUUCUUAUGGAGCAAAAGUUUAUUGUGAAUGAUACUUUGAACGUAAAGACUCUUCUUGAUAAUUUGUCCAAGGAGGUGGGUUCCCCUGUGAAGGUCGGGAAUUUUCUAAGAGUCGAGGUUGGGGAAGGAAUUCAGAGGCAGGAAGAAUCGGAUGAACCAGUAGCUCAAUCUGCGUAAAGAUCUGAAUAUGCUUUAAGCCGUAAUGAGAUUCUCCACCUUUCCCCCCGAUUUAGUAGGCUCUAAAUUCUUUAGAUUUUGCUAAUGCUUUUGUCCUUCGAUAAAGAUUGCUCACAAUGAGAUUUCGAUGCUAUGUCAGAGAUUGCUGAAUGUUUGCCCUUCCCCAUUUUCUGUUGCUAUAAAAGCAUGAGUUUGUAUUCUCCACACCAUCUGGCUAAUAAGAAGAUCUACUACUUCCAUUGCUUACUUCGGGUUUUUGCUUCAGACCAGAAGUUAUGAAACAUUUGUGUUUCCUUGUUCUUCGACCACUAUCAUCAUAUGAAGGGCCUGUACUGUAAUGUUUA